CUUUUCUUUUCUCUUCAAUGGCGGAUCGGAUCAAAGGUCCAUGGAGUCCGGAAGAAGACGAGGCUUUACAGCGGCUGGUUCAAACGUACGGACCCAGGAACUGGUCUUUGAUAAGCAAAUCAAUACCGGGUCGAUCGGGGAAGUCGUGUAGGCUUCGAUGGUGCAACCAACUUUCCCCCGAGGUUCAACACCGUCCAUUUAGUCCCGAGGAAGAUGAAACGAUAAUCCGAGCCCACGCGCGAUUCGGUAACAAAUGGGCUACCAUCGCCCGACUACUCAAUGGUCGUACAGACAACGCGAUUAAGAACCACUGGAACUCCACGCUGAAGCGAAAAUCCAUGGCCGAGGAUUUAAACGACGACUCCCCACCGCCGCUUAAAAGAUUGGCCAGUCUUGGAAGUAGUAAUAAUACGGCGGGAUUUUACUUGAAUCCGAGUAGUCCUUCAGGGUCUGACUCGAGUGACUCGAGUUUACUCGGUGUCACACCGGCCUCGUCCACAACGGAUCCACCAACCUUACUCAGCCUGUCGCUUCCGGGUUCCGAUUCCAUUGAAAACAAGGACACAGGACCCGUAUACCCUCCCGGAUUCAACUCGGUUCCAAACCCUACCAAGGUUGCAGAGGCAGAACCAUUAGUACCACCUGGUGGGGAGAUGGAGAAGCAGUUUUUUAAGGCGGAGUUUUUGGCAGUGAUGCAGGAGAUGAUAAGAAAAGAAGUGUGGAACUAUAUGGAUGGGAUCGACAAGAAUGAGCUUUGUUUGCAAACUGAGGCUAUUAGAAAUGCACUUGUCAAGCGUAUUGGAAAUAGCAAAAUCGACUAGGCUACAUGAAUCACCACCAAAAGUUUAGUUUCUU